CUGACUGCUGUAAACAGUCAAAGAAGAAGAAGUAGAAGCAGAAACACCAUCGAAGAAGAAGAGGAGGCGAGCCGGAGCGAGGAAGUGUCUGUUCAUCGGUCCCAUGUGUUGCUCUUCACUCGUUCAUUCAUUCUUGAAACGGCAAUUUACGCUUUCUUUAGUUAACGUUAACUAACUUGUUUGCCACCUCUCCCGAAUAAACCAAAGACGAACACAGUGGUGUCCCUGCAAGUAAACAGCUAGCUAGCUAACACAGAAAUCGCGCUAAAGUUGUUUGUACAUCUGUAGCCACUGAAGUGCUGCGUUAUCUGAAUGAAAAGUGCAGUGGAUACAAGCAUGAUCAAGGAAAACCGGUGGAACAUCCCCCCCAAUGCCCCUGCAUGCAUGGAGAAGCAUCUGUGCUCGGCGCAAUACAGAGCAGAUGGUACCCUGCUGCUCGGUGCCUCCAGCCUCACUGGCAGGAGCUGGCAGGGAUCUGUUUGGAUCUACAGUGACCCUGAGCAGGCCCCCAAUGAGGGACUCUGCAAAGCAGGCGUGCAGACUGAGACUGGAGUCACAGAUGUCAAAUGGGUAUCAGAAAAGGCUGUUGUUGUUGCAUCAGAUUCAGGUGCUUUGGAGCUCUGGGAACUGGCAGAGGACGAGCGUCUGCUGGUGAAUCGCUUUACCAAACACGAGCAUGACCACAUUGUCACCACAGUGAGCCCGGUUUCUGGAGCAAGCGGUGCUGUCACCGGCAGCAUGGACUGUCGAAUUAAAGUCUGGGAUCUCAGUCAGGAGACGGCUGUCACUACCUACCUGGCUCACACACAGCAAAUCAACUGUGUUGCCUGCAGUCCUACAGAUGAGUCGAUCUUCAUCUCCUGUGGUCAAGAUGGCCGUGUGCUGAUGUGGGACAGGAGAAAGCCAAACAAACCAGCCUCAAGAAUAGAUGUAGAUUCCCCUGGUUGCUCCCCUACCACUGUAGCCUGGCACCCCCACCACAGAAGCACCAUUGCUUUUGGUGAUGAGCUGGGCAGAGUGACCGUGAAGGAUUUCCUGGGAACAGAGCCUGCCCGAGUGGAGAACGUCCACAGCCGCAGAGUUAAUGGGCUUGCCUUUUCGACGCACAAUGCCCCCUUGCUUGCCUCCAUAAGCGACGAUUGUUCCCUCGCUGUUAUGAACUCUGAUCUGCGAGAAAUACUGAGAGAUCGGCGGCACCAGGACUUUAUCAAAGGCGUGUGCUGGCUCCACGGCGGCUCCAACACUCUCACAACUGUAGGCUGGGAUCACCUUGUGCUUCACCACACGGUGGGUUCGACUGCUGAAGCUCCAAACUCCUCCUCUUAGUCCCAAUAGAUGCUCACACAUUUUGGAAAAAGAGGCACUUUUAAGAUAACAACUCCCACCCCUUUUUUUGAGGGGCGUCCAUGGGUGUCUAAAAAGUCAAAUGUAAAAUGUCAUUCAAGAAAUAUGGAUUGAAGUGUUUCAUUGUCAUUUAGUACUCCAGAUAUGUGCAGAAUAUUUGGACUUUUGCUCCCCAGUCCUGAGCUCGGGGCACUAUGCCACUACGUUCUCUCUACAUCCACUUCCUUCAUACUGUAAAGCAUUUUCAUGUGUAAUUACACUUGAGGCAACACAUUUAUAUUGCAUAAUUUUACAUUAAAGGUAACUUAAGGUUAUGAUUGCAAGAGCACUUUGACAUUUCUUUGUGUUUCCUGAAUCUAUUAUAUGCUAACAAAUGCAAGACAGUUGGAAGCUUCUGUAGUUUGUGGCUUCUUUCACACCUAACCGGUUAAACAAGCAGUCUGCCGGUCCUGAAAAAGUCUUAAAAUGUUCUUAACCCUUGUGUUGUCCUGGGGUCACUCUGAAAAGUAUGUCUUUUACAUUUAAAUUCCAAAACGAAGGGAAAAAUGUGAAGUAAUGGGUUGGACUAAA